AUGUGGACUAUAGUAGUAUUAUUUAUAUUUUUAUUAUUUUUAAAUUUGUUAAGAAAAAAAGUAUAUAAAAAAAAAAUUUGUGAACAAAAAAAUGAAAAAGCAGUUGUUGUUACAGGUUGUGAUACAGAUAUAGGUCAUGAAUUAGCAUUAAAAUUUGCUUCUCAAUCAGUUACUGUUUUUGCUGCGUGUAGAACUAGAAAAGGAAUUGAGGAACUUGAAAGAGAAGGAAAACAAUUUAAAGGGAAAGUUCAUGCUUUUAUGAUGAAAUCUGAUACAAUGAAAGUAGUAAGAAAGAUAAUUAAUAUAUCUAGAAAAUAUAAAUAA